GCCCUGCGCCCUGCGGCCCGAACCCACGUCCCCUGCACGUCCAAGCCUCGCCCUUGCACCAGCCUGCGCCCUUGCUCCCUGCUCUGCGCCCGACGUGCCUCAUGCACCCAGAUCCCGCGCAAUCAUCACUCCUACACCUGCUCUGCACCGAAUCUGCAUCAAUCUCCAGCUCUGCACUACGCCAGCCUUCUUCUGCACCAAAUCCCCUUGCCGCCUGCUGUGCCGAACCCACGUUGCUUGCAUGCCUGCACUCUGUACCAGCAUCAUGACCUUGCACCGAGCCCUGUUGCACCCCUGCUGCUCUGCCUCUGCACGCUACAGUAGCUCUAGACAAAUUAGCAUUAAUAUUGAUUGACAGAACAAGGCUUUUUUAUUAUUUUUAUCUUUAUUUUUAUCUUUUAUUCGGGUAUAUAUAUAGAGAAAAAUCAGAUUGAAAAGGGGUGUAAUAUCCCAAAUUUUUGGGAAUAUUUAAGAGUAAGUUAAGGACUUGAUUGUGAGAAAAGAUUGUUUUGGGGCCUAAUGUGAAUAUUUUAAA